AUGCCUCCAAAGAAACAAGUUGAAGAAAAAAAACUGCUUUUAGGCCGUCCAGGUAACAACUUGAAGGCCGGUAUUGUGGGUCUUGCUAACGUUGGUAAGUCCACUUUCUUCCAGGCUAUCACAAGAUGUCCAUUGGGAAACCCAGCCAACUAUCCAUUCGCCACGAUUGAUCCUGAAGAAGCCCGUGUGACCGUGCCAUCGCCAAGAUUCGACAAGCUUAGUGAAAUCUACAAGCCAGCGUCGAAAGUCCCUGCUCAUUUGACUGUUUACGAUAUUGCCGGGUUGACCAAAGGUGCUUCUGCCGGUGAAGGUCUAGGUAAUGCGUUUUUGUCACACAUCAGAUCCGUGGAUUCUAUCUACCAGGUUGUGCGUUGUUUUGACGACGCCGAGAUCAUUCACAUCGAAGGUGACGUGGAUCCAGUACGUGAUUUGGACAUUAUCAACACCGAAUUGAGGCUCAAGGAUAUCGAGUUUUCUGAGAAGCAUUUGGAAGGUAUUUUCAAAAUCACCAGAAGAGGUGGUCAAUCUUUAGAGGUCAAGCAAAAGAAGGAAGAAGCUGCCUUGGUGGAAAAAAUCAUCGAGCUUUUGAAGACCGGUCAAAGAGUCGCCAACCACUCUUGGUCUACUAAGGAGGUCGAAAUCAUUAACAGCAUGUUUUUGUUGACAGCCAAGCCUUCUAUCUACUUGAUCAACUUGUCCGAAAAGGACUUCAUUAGAAAGAAAAACAAGCAUCUCAUGAGAAUCAAGGAGUGGAUUGACACCUACUCUCCAGGUGAUUUGGUCAUUCCAUUCUCCGUUUGUUUGGAAGAAAGACUAUCUCACAUGAGCUUGGAAGAAGCCGACGAAGAACUAAAGAGCUUGGGUGUUGACUCUUCGCUACCAAAGAUUGUCACAACCAUGAGACAAAAGUUGGAUCUGAUCUCUUUCUUCACAUGUGGUCCUGAUGAAGUUCGUGAAUGGACUAUCAGAAGAGGCACCAAAGCUCCACAAGCCGCUGGUGUCAUUCAUAAUGAUUUGAUGAACACUUUCAUUCUUGCACAAGUGAUGAAAUACGAAGACGUUGUUGAAUACAAGGACGAAGUUGCUAUCAAGGCAGCUGGUAAGAUGCAACAAAAGGGUAAAGAAUAUGUUGUAGAAGAUGGUGAUGUUAUUUACUUCAGAUCUGGUGCUGGUAAGAACUAG